AUGGUUCUCUUUCUUACUGAUGGCCGAGAUCUUAUCGGAGUUACUGAAGUCCAAGAUAUCAAAUACAUGCAACUUUUGAGGUUUGCCAUGAGAAUUCUCAAUGCUUGGCCUGAAUCUAUUUUGGAUAAAAAUAUAUCUAAAUACGCAUUCUACGGAAAAUGUUACACAUUUUUCAUUGAGUUUAUCUGUCUACCGCCCGGUUUUCUUUAUAUAAAAAAUAGUAUUGGAACUAUUUCUUUUCUAGACUUAGGUCGGACUUAUAUUACGGUGUUUAUGAAUAUCGUCGCUAUGCUAAGAUUGAUUCUGAUAUUUCUGAAACGAUACGAAAAACUCGUAGGGGAUUUUGUAAACAAAAUCCAUCUUUUCCAUCAUAGAAACAAAUCUGUACAUGCAAUGAAGAUUCAUAUUCUGGUACAUAAAUUAUCUCACUUCUUCUCAGUGUAUACGGCUGUGAUGAUGAUCCUUGGAAUACUGCUCUUCACUUGUACACCGCUAUAUAAGAACAUAACUUCUGGGGCUUUCUUUAAUUACCAAACCGAAAAUGUUACUUUUGAACAUUCUGUGUACUACGAUUUACCUUUCGAUUAUGAGCAUGACAUUCGAGGGUAUAUUGUACUGUUCUCAUUUAAUUGGUACAUAACUUUAAUAUGCUCCGCCUGCUUCUGUACGUUUGAUUUGUUAAUGGCUCUAAUGGUGUUCCACGUUUGGGGACAUUUAAGUAUACUCGUCAAGAGUUUGGAAAAUUUUCGAAGACCCAAUGAAAAUGGAGGAUGGUUUAAUGAAAUAGAAAUGAAACUUGUUUCAUCCGAACUAAAAGAGAUUGUUGAGCAUCACAACCUAGUUAUAGAAUUUACAACAAGAAUGGGAAAUAUCUUUGGCCCUGUAUUAAUUCUUUAUUACAUUUUCCACGUUGUUAGCGGGUGUGUUUUACUAUUGGAGUGUUCACAAAUGAAUCCCGAGGCCUUGGUCCGUUAUGGUACAUUAACAUUCUUAGUUUUCCAGCAACUGCUACAAAUAUCAAUAGUGUUCGAACUUUUAGGAUCUAAGAGCUACAGUUUAAUAAACGCUGUAUACACCGUACCAUGGGAGUGUAUGGAUAAUUCUAACAGGAAGAUGGUGCAAAUAAUGUUAUUACAAUCUCAAAGGUUGCUGGCUAUUAAAGCACUUGAUAUGGUUAAUGUGGGGGUGCAAACCAUGGCAUCGAUAAUAAAGACAUCUAUUUCAUACUUCAUAAUGCUACGAACAUUCGCAGAAAUGGAUUAA